AUCCAUAAGUGAUCCAUCUUUCAGAAGCAGUGAGUUAUCCUGGAUGUCUUUUGCUUCCUUUCAUGUUCGAAAAAAGACACAUAUUCAAUUGCAGUUUCAGCCUCUCGCUGCAGAUGGUAUCCUAUUUUAUGCUGCACAACACUUAAAAGCCCAAUCAGGUGAUUUUUUAUGUAUCUCUUUAGUAAAUGGUUCCGUUCAACUUCGCUACAACCUUGGUGACAGAACUAUCAUUCUAGAAACUCUCCAAAAAGUAACUAUAAACGGAAGUACUUGGCACAUAAUAAAAGCAGGAAGAGUUGGUGCAGAAGGUUACCUGGAUCUAGAUGGAAUAAAUGUAACAGAAAAAGCCUCCACUAAAAUGAGUUCUCUGGACACAAAUACAGACUUCUAUAUUGGAGGAGUAUCUUCUUUAAAUCUUGUAAAUCCCAUGGCAAUAGAAAAUGAACCUGUAGGUUUUCACGGCUGUAUCCGACAAGUUAUCAUAAAUAAUCAAGAAUUACAACUAACUGAAUUCGGAGCAAACGGUGGUUCAAAUGUAGGUGACUGUGAUGGGACAGCCUGUGGGUACAAUACAUGCAGAAACGGAGGUGAAUGUACAGUAAAUGGCACAACUUUUUCUUGCAGAUGUUUGCCAGAUUGGGCUGGAAAUAUAUGUAACCAGUCUGCGUACUGUUUGAAUAAUCUUUGCCUCCACCAGUCUUUAUGUAUACCUGAUCAAUCAUUUUCUUACAGUUGCCUGUGUACUUUGGGUUGGGUGGGAAGGUAUUGUGAAAACAAAACUUCAUUUACAACUGCAAAAUUCAUGGGCAAUUCUUACAUUAAAUACAUUGAUCCAAAUUACAGAAUGAGAAACCUCCAGUUCACUACUAUAUCUUUAAAUUUCAGUACCACUAAAACAGAAGGUCUAAUUAUAUGGAUGGGAAUAGCUCAAAAUGAAGAAAAUGAUUUUCUAGCAAUUGGUCUCCAUAAUCAGACCUUGAAAAUAGCAGUUAACUUAGGAGAAAGAAUCUCUGUGCCUAUGAGCUAUAACAAUGGCACAUUCUGUUGUAAUAAAUGGCACCAUGUAAUUGUAAUUCAAAAUCAGACUCUUAUCAAGGCCUACGUAAAUAACAGUCUAAUUCUUUCCGAGGAUAUUGAUCCACAUAAAAACUUUGUUGCUCUAAACUAUGAAGGCAUUUGUUAUCUAGGGGGUUUUGAAUAUGGUCGAAAGGUAAAUAUCGUUACUCAAGAGAUUUUUAAAACCAAUUUUGUUGGCAAAAUUAAAGAUGUUGUAUUUUUUCAGGAUCCAAAAAAAAUUGAACUAAUUAAAUUAGAAGGAUACAAUGUUUAUGAUGGAGAUGAACAAAAUGAAGUUACAUAAGUUAACACUAGAGAUUUUAGUACACACUAUACAUAAAUGCAGUUAUUUUGAUAGUUAUUUCUUUGGUACAUUGCUCACGGGGAAUCAACUGUUUACUAUUACCUGAAAUAGUCUAAAUGCUAACAUAUCUUUUUGGUAGGAUUGUAAAAUGUCACUGAAGGUUCUGAUUGUUUUUCCUACAUCUAAUUUAUCUGUAUAUAUUUUGACUCAUGUUUUAACUCCAUUAGUUCAUUCAGUGCUUAUUCACGGAAUGUGCUUAUUCACUUUGCUUAUUCACUUUUUACCUAUCCCUAAUGCUUAAAUUUUAAAAUGAAUGUGUAAACACAAUUUUAAAAAUCAAUGUGUAAACUGAACUUUAAAAUGUUGGGAAUGAAUUAGGGAUAGGUACAAAUAGGAAAAAGUCAAGUUAUUAAUCAAAGGAAAAAUAAAAUUUAUACAAAGCAAUGUAA